CACACACACACACACACACACACACACACACAUCCCAGCAUCAGUUGGUCUGGACACAGCGAUAGCCGUCCCUGCAGACUGUCUCCUCUAUCUGAUUGUCUCUGUGUAACGCUGACUGACUGCUGGGACCACCUCACAUUUAUAUGUUGUUAGAAUAUAUUUGUGAGAGUAAGCUAACAGGAUUGUUCAUGAGUCCAUGAUUUUGACCUUGUUGUCUCGUUUCCCUGGGUUUUGAAAGAGGCCAUCUGGUUCUACAGUGAUUUGACAUUACAAAAGUAGGGUGAGAUAAUGCCUGAAAUGAAAAAGUCUUCUCUGAUAAAAGGAGGGAACAGGCAACAAGACUGUUGCGUUCACUGUCUCCUGGCCUGCCUGUUCUGCGAGCUGCUGUCCAUGUGUUCGGCCCUGGGGGAGUGUCUGGUGUGUGGAGUGGGCGGAGCCGGCUGUUGCGACUCGGCGGCAGGCUGCUGCUGCUGCGUGGAGGCAGCGGGGGAGGCGGCCUGUACGGAGGAGGCGUGUCAGGCCGUGUUGGAUUGUGGGAUACUCGAGGACUGCUGCGGCUCGUCCGACUGCCUGGAGGUCUGUCUGGAGUGCUGCUCCAUCUGCUUCCCCUCGUAGAGCGGCCAAUCAGAGACGGACUACAAGAUGAUGUCAAGAGUAGUGACUUUUUUUCACUGGAGACUUUACUGCUUCAUCCUGGAAAAACAGAAAGAUGAAAUCUUUCUUUCUUAGUUUUUCCAUUUACCAGAUUGAAUGAACAAAGGACACACAGGGUCCUAUAUCUCGUACCGGGCGCAGCGCACUAAGGGCCUAUUUUAACGAUCUGAGGUCACGGUGUGAAGCGCCCGGCGCAGGUGUGUUUAGGGCGUGUCCAAAUCCACUUCUACUAGUCUGACGGUGGUAAAAAGGGUCCGUGUGCCGGGCGCCUGGUCCUAAAGGGUUGUUCUUAGUGUGUUCAUUAAUCAGAGGUGUG